AUGGCUAAUACGGGCGUGUUGCCUUUCGUGAGAGGCGUCGAUUUCACCAGAAACGACUUCAGCGGCGACAAAUUCCCGGAGGCCGUUAAUUCGAUGACGGGCUUGCAAUGGUUGAAGCUGGACCGGACGAAUAUUAGCGAAAUCCCCGGCGAAAUGGGCAGCCUCUCGAAGCUGGAGCACCUAUCGUUGACCAGAAACCUGCUGGAGAAGUUGUACGGCGAAUUGACCGAAUUGAAUUGCCUGCGAACGUUGAAUUUGAGGCACAACAACAUCAAAUCGUCCGGCAUUCCGCCGGAGCUGUUCGACUCCGAGGAGCUGAGCACGUUGGACUUCAGCCACAACAAUUUGAAAGAGGUGCCCGAGGGAUUGGACAAGGCCAAAUCGCUGUUGGUGUUAAAUUUGAGCCACAAUUAUAUCGAGUCGAUUCCGAACUCGCUGUUCAUCAAUCUAACGGACUUGUUAUUUCUCGAUUUGAGCAACAACAAUUUGGAAACUCUGCCGCCUCAGACGAGAAGAUUGGCGAAUUUGCAGACGUUUAUUUUGAACAACAAUCCGAUGGGGCUGUUCCAACUGAGGCAAUUGCCCUCGCUGUUGAAUUUAGAGACUCUACACAUGCGAAACACUCAGAGAAAUCUGAACAAUUUCCCUAGUAAUUUGGAGAGUUUAAUGAACUUGUCCGAUGUGGACUUGGCUCAGAACAAUUUGCCCAAAGUGCCCGAUGCCUUGUACUCGUUGGUUAAUCUGAAGCGGUUGAAUUUGAGCGAAAACGAAAUCACCGAAUUAUCGACUGCGAUCGAAAUGUGGCAAAAAUUGGAAACGUUGAAUUUAUCGCACAAUCGAAUAAGCAGCCUUCCCGCCUCCCUUUGUAAACUAGCCGCAUUGAGGCGCUUGUACAUCAACGAUAACAAAUUGGACUUUGAGGGCAUUCCAUCGGGUAUCGGAAAACUGAGCAGUUUGGAGUUGUUUUCGGCCGCCAAUAAUCGCAUAGAAAUGAUACCCGAAGGGCUUUGCAGAUGCGGCUCUUUGAAGAAGCUCAAUUUGAGCUCGAAUCGUCUGAUUACCCUACCGGACGCCGUGCACCUUCUCACCGAUCUAGUCAACUUGGAUUUGAGGAACAAUCCGGACCUGAUAAUGCCGCCGAAGCCCGUCGAGGCCACCAAGGGCGCCGGCAUCGAAUUCUACAACAUCGAUUUCUCGCUGCAGAACCAACUGAGACUGGCCGGGGCCCAAGUACCAGCGCCGGCGCCCGUUCAAAAUCCCAGCAAAGAUCCAGUCGCUAGGAAAUUGAGGUUGAGAAAGGGCCGCAGAGAUCACGAGGAGGCCGAUCAGGAUCAAGCCAAAAUUUUGAAAGGUAUGAAGGACAUAGCGAAGGAGAAGAACAGGAACGCGCAAGAGGAGUAUAGCAACGAACUGCCCAAACAAAAACGUUGGGACGAGUCGUUGGAGAAGCCGCCGCUGGACUAUUCGGAGUUCUUCGAAGAGGACACGGGCCAAUUGCCGGGGCUCACCAUAUGGGAGAUCGAGAAUUUCCUGCCGAAUCGCAUCGACGAGGUGGCCUACGGGAAAUUCUACGAGGGCGAUUGUUACAUGGUGUUGAAGACGUCGUUCGACGAGAACCAGUCGCCCUCUUGGGAGAUUUAUUUCUGGAUAGGCGGGAAAGCUUCGUUGGAUAAAAAAGCGUGUUCGGCCAUUCACGCCGUAAAUUUGCGGAACUUCCUGGGCGCCCAAUGUCGGACGAUUCGCGAGGAACAGGGCGACGAAUCCGAGGAGUUUCUGGGCUUGUUCGAUGCGCAAAUCACCUACAUCGAAGGCGGAAGGACCUGCAGCGGUUUCUACACGGUCGAAGAUAUGAAUUUCGAAACGAGGCUGUACAGAAUCCAUCCGGCCGGACCGUCGAUUCAUUUGGAACCCGUCCGUAUAUCGGUGGAUUCUUUAGAUCCUAGGUAUGUGUUCGUAUUAGACGCCGGUUUGAAGAUAUUCGUGUGGAACGGCAAGAAAGCGAAAAACACGUUGAAGUCCAAAUCGCGAUUGAUGUGCGAGAAAAUCAACAAGAACGAGCGGAAAAACAAGGCGGAAAUCAUCACCGAAACGGCCGGCAACGAAACCAACGAAUUUUGGACGCUUUUGGGACGAGAAUCGGGCCUACCGCCCGAACAAUCCAUCGAAGAACACGUCGAUUCCGAAUUCGCUCCGACCCAACCUCGCUUGUACCAAGUCCAAUUGGGCAUGGGCUAUUUGGAAUUGCCCCAAGUCGAAUUGCCCCACGGCAAAUUGGUCCACGACGUGUUGAUGAGCAAAAACGUUUACAUGCUCGAUUGCUACUUGGACGUCUUCGUUUGGAUCGGCAAGAAAUCGACCAGAUUGGUGAACGCGGCGGCCGUGAAACUCUCCGAGGAACUGUUCAACAUGAUCGACAGGCCGGCGCACGCGCGCGUUUCGCGCGUGCGCGAAGGCACCGAAUCGCAGAUAUUCAAAUCGAAAUUCGCCGGCUGGGACGAGGUGAUAGCGGUCGAUUUCACCCGAACGGCCGAAUCGGUGAAGAAAACCGGCGCGGAUUUGCUCAAAUGGGCCAAAGAGCAAGAAACCAAAGCCGAUCUCACCGCUCUAUUCACGCCCCGCCAGCCCUCGAUGCCUCUAGCGGAGGCGCAACAGCUGAUGGAGGAGUGGAACGAGGACUUGGAGGCGAUGGAGGCGUUCGUGUUGGAGGGCAGGAAGUUCGUGCGGCUGCCCGAAGAGGAAUUGGGCACGUUCCAUUCGCAGGAUUGCUACGUUUUCUUGUGCCGGUAUUGGGACGAUGCGGAUGAAGGUGAAACCGAAUCGGACGGGGACGAUUUCCAAUGGGUGUGCUACUUCUGGCAGGGCAGGCACGCCGGCAACAUGGGCUGGUUGACGUUCACGUUUACGUUGCAGAAGAAAUUCAAGAUGCUGUUCCAGGAUAAGCUCGAGGUGUUGCGGACCUACCAGCAGCAGGAGAACAUGAAAUUCAUGGCGCACUUCAAACGGAAAUUUAUCAUUAAACAGGGCAAGAGGAAUAGAGGCGAGAAGAGGCCCGUGGAGUUCUAUCAUUUGAGGUCGAACGGUAGCGCUUUGUACACUCGAUUGGUGCAGAUCAAGCCGGACGCUUCGUUGUUGAACUCCGCUUUUUGUUAUAUUCUUAACGUUCCGUUCGAGCAAGAGGAAGAUUCCGGUAUCGUUUACGUGUGGAUAGGUUCGAAGGCGGACGCCGACGAGGCGAGAUUAGUGCAGGAAAUCGCCGAGGAAAUGUUCAACAGUCCUUGGGUGACUUUGCAGGUUCUAUCGGAAGGCGAAGAACCGGAUAAUUUCUUUUGGUACGGAUUGGGCGGGAAGAAACCGUACGAACAGGACGCGAAUUUCAUGGAAUACACCAGGUUGUUUAGAUGUUCCAACGAAAAGGGGUAUUUCAUCGUGUCGGAGAAGUGUUCCGAUUUUUGCCAGGACGAUCUCGCCGAUGAUGAUAUUAUGAUAUUGGAUAAUGGGGAACAGGUGUUUUUGUGGUUGGGGGCGAGAUGCAGCGAAGUCGAAAUCAAGCUGGCCCUGAAAUCUGCACAAGUUUAUAUCCAACAUACGAGAGUCAAGCAACCCGAGCGACCGAGAAAAUUGUUCCUAACUCUAAAGAAUAAGGAAUCGAGGAGAUUUACCAAGUGCUUCCACGGCUGGGGCGACCAUAAGAAACCGCCAGAGUAA